CUUCAGUUACAGAGUAUGGUGUGUGAGUGAGAAACUGAGAAGUGAGAAACAGUGAUCGCUAGGAGUCACCACGGCGUGAAUCCACCGUGUCCUUCCCACCAUUUCCGUCCAUUUGGCCGUCUUCCGGUGGCCGGAAUUAUCUGUACAACAGGUUUUCUAGGUUUCUCCUGCUCUUUCUGAGUCACGAUUUGGCUUGCAUGUGGGCUUUUUGAUUAUGCUGGAAAGUAAGUUUAUGUGCUUGAGUCUGUUUUAAAAAUGGGUUCAUUCCAUUGCGGUUAUCGAUGCUUUUCGCUUCUUGAUUGCCGCUAGCUCUUCAAUUUUGUCAUUCUUCGGCUCUGUUGGCGUGGCCGUCCGAAAUUUGGUGGUUGAAGUCAAGGGUUGGUUGGAGGAAAUUAGGGCUACGAUUCUGCGGAUUAUUGGUUUUUGAUGCAGAAACCUAUGAAGUAAAGGAAGCAAUUGGGGUGAAUUUGAUGAACACGAUUCUCAGCUGAUUGCUUUCCGUGGAGUUUCUUUGCGACGAUGGUUAUCCUGGGUGGUCUCGAUGGACCGACUGAUAAAAAGAAAUUCUUCUGGCAGGAAGCCGGAGAAGCGUCUCCGAGCGGCGUACCUCAGGCUGAGACCCCGAGAGCACAGCAGGCUGGGUCGCCGAGGGCGGCAUUGUUCCGAUGGGCGCUCCGCAAAAUGCAGCCGGAAUUGGGGGCCGCGGGUGUGCCGAGUCGGCUGAUGAGGGGCGUCAGCCGGCGGAUGAGGAAGAUUGGUCAAGGAGGCGAGGGAGAUGAAGAAGGGAAGGAUGAAGGUCUCAGUUUGGGCUGCCUUGGCUUCCAUGUGAAAACGGGGGGCUGUCGGGUUGGCGCGGAUAUGAUCGAUGAGUGUCAAUUAGGAAGGAGGGAUGGCCUUGCAGAUGGUAGCAUCAGGAGGAUUUCGAACGGAGGAGAUGAAACUACGUUUGCCAGUCCUGGAUGUGCUUCCGCCCAGACUGGAAACGGAAGCCCCGAACGCGAAAGGAUUAGUAUAGAUUGCUUUGCUUCUGGCAUGGCUGAGAUGUUUCGGAAGAGAACUAGCAGAAAGGAGAUGGAUGCUUGUAGAUUAUCUGAUUAUAAAGAGAAAAAGGAUCUGCCGUCAAGCAACACUGUGGAGCUUUCACUUCCUGAUGAUAUUCUUGAGAUGUGUCUGGCAAGAGUUCCUUUUGCCACUGUCAUGAAUGCAAGAAUGGUGUGUAAAAGGUGGAGAUUGUUGACAAGCACACCUCAUUUUAUGCAGAUGAGAUGUGAUUAUUCAUAUCAAAGUCCAUGGUUAUUCCUUUUCGGUGGCAUGAAGGAUGGAUAUUGUGCGGGAGAGAUCCAGGCGCUGGAUGUUUCACUUGGCUCUUGGCACAAAAUCGAUGCCCGUAUAUUGAGGGGAAGGUUCUUAUUCUCCGUGGCGAGUGUUGGAACAUCUAUCUAUGUCAUAGGUGGUUGUUCUGGUCUGAAUAUGUCUGGCAAGGUCGAGAAGACGACUUUCAAGACGCACAAAGGUGUCUUGGUCUUUAAUCCUUUUACCGGCUUGUGGAGAAAAGCCGCUCCAAUGAAUACUGCCAGAUCUGCACCUGUUGUUGGUGUGCUUGAGGUUGCUUCUGGUUGUUCUGUUCUGCAUGGGAGUUUGUUUAGUGAUGGAUUGCAAGUGGAGCAGCAAAGAGAGGGUAAUAAUCGAUUGACAAAAGUCCGUGGAAUUGCCACGGUAAGCAGAAUGCGUCGUGCAAAGUCACAUCUAGGUGCCGUGUCUGAUGUGUAUGGAGAUCCUCAUAGAUUUUCACAGAGACGUCAAUUAAGGCAUCUGUUUAGUGAAAUUGAGACCUUACCUGAAGAUAUAAAAGCAUGCGGUUCUUCAUGCGCUGAAUGUAGUACGAGCGAGUCUGUGGAAGAGCAAAACAAUUAUUCUGGGACAAAGGACAGGAGGUUUCUGUUGAUUGUUGUUGGCGGCCAGGGAUCAUGGGAUCAACCGCUGAAUAGUGCAGAAGUAUAUGAUCCAGCAUCCAACAAGUGGGCUGACAUUAAAAGCUUGCCUGCUGAUUUUGGAGCCGUUCGCUCUGGUGCUGUAUGUAAUGGGAAGUUUUAUGUUUAUUCUGAAUCUGACAAACUUGCAUCGUAUGAUAUAGAAAUGAGAGUUUGGUUCAUAAUCCAGACUCCCAAUUUCCCUCCUCGUCUCUUAGAGUAUUUUCCAAAGCUAGUGUCUUGUGAUGGACGGCUUUUCAUACUAUGUGUCUCUUGGUCUGAGAGAGACGGCCGAUUCGGUAGACAGGAUAGAGCAGUACGCAAGCUGUGGGAGUUGGAUCUCACAUUGCAUGUAUGGACAGAGAUAUCAAGGCACCCUGAUGCUCCGAUGGACUGGAAUGCUGCAUUUGUUGCUCAUGGCGAUAAAAUAUAUGGUAUUGAAAUGUUUAAAGUCUUUGGUCAGGUGUUGAAUUUCCUUACUGUAUGUUGUACUUCAGACUCAGUUGUGAAGUGGAGUCACAUCUCCAGAAAGCAUGUGAAAAUAGAUUUAGAUGCUUCUUCAUGCCUCACAAAGUCGAUGGUAAUGUUGAACUUGUAACUUGCUAAUUCAGUUUCCUAAUUCAUUUGUUGAUUGGGGUGCUUGUGUAUGUUUCAUAAUUGAUAUCUCUAGUGUGCAUGCUACUUUUAUUCUUUGAAAUAAAAGGGGUUGUGUCACAGAUCCCAAAUCUCAAGCA